CACAUAAUACUCAUUAUUAAAUAAAUACUCGACAAUGUCAACUAUUGUAGCAAUAACUUUGUCAACUUAUCUACUGAUAAAAAAAUAAUUAAUCCAAAUGUAUUCCUAUUUAUGUAAAAUAUGUUACAAUUACGGACGCCUUUUAUUGGAUUGUCGCCUCGAUUAAUUGGUCGAAAAUCAAUCCUGUACCAAUUCAGACGAUCAAUUAAGCACGAAACGCAAGAAAAUGACCGCACUCUUACGGAUUUCGUUCGGAAGACAUCACACGUAUUUACGAAUUUCCCUAUCGGAAAAAUGCAAUUUACGAUGUAAAUAUUGCAUGCCCGAGGAAGGCGUCCAACUAACCCAAAAAUCCCAACUUCUAACCACCGAUGAAAUAAUCAAACUAACCCGAUUAUUCGUACAAGAAGGCGUGAAUAAAGUCCGACUCACCGGCGGAGAACCCACAUUAAGAAAAGACCUCACCGACAUCAUUCGCAAUCUAAAGACCAUAGAAGGCCUCGAAACGGUCGCCAUGACGACCAACGGUCUGGUGCUCACCAAACGAUUGGUCGAACUGCAACGAGCCGGCCUCGAUUUGUUGAACAUCAGCUUGGACACUUUGAAACCGGAACGGUUCGAAUUGAUGAGCCGACGAAAGGGCUGGGAACGCGUCGCCAGAGGCAUCGACUUGGCCUUGCAAUUGGGAUAUAGACCUGUCAAAAUCAAUUGUGUCGUCAUGAAGGGUUUCAACGAUGAUGAAAUAUUGGAUUUCGUGGAUAUGACGAAAGACAAAGCGAUCGAUGUGAGAUUCAUCGAAUACAUGCCUUUCACCGGCAACAAAUGGGACGUGGAUAAAAUGGUACCUUACAAAGAUCUCGUCGAAAUAAUCCAACGAAAAUGGCCGGAUUUCGCUCGUCUAACGGACGGUCCUUCCGAUACAUCGAAAGCGUGGAAAGUACCGGAUCACGAAGGUCGAGUGGGCUUCAUCACGUCGAUGAGCGAGCAUUUUUGCGAUUCCUGCAAUCGAUUGAGGCUCACGGCUGAUGGAAAUUUAAAAGUUUGUCUAUUCGGUAACGCCGAGGUGUCGCUCAAAGAGGCUUUGAGAAGCGGAUGCUCCGAUGGGGAUUUGAGGGCUCUCGUGAGCGCCGCCGUCAAACGGAAGAAGAGGCAACACGCUGGUAUGAUGAAUAUAUCGCAGAUGCCCAAUCGACCUAUGAUACUUAUCGGGGGUUGAAAUUUCUCGUGCAAUAUAAAAAGGUUUAAUGGAGGAAAAAAAAUAAAUAAAUAAAAUGAAGAAAAUCCCAGUUGUAUAUUUUUUUAUUCUGUAUAUCAAAGUGAUUUCUGUGUAUGUGUGUAUAUAUAUAGAAAUAAAUGCGUAUUUUCUUAUUAAAGGCGUUUUAUUUCUAUCAUUUCCAAUCAAAAAUCGCCACCCUUAAGUUAUCGUUUUAUUACGUUUUACACAGAUAAAUAUUACAAAAAAAAAGCAACACGUAAAUAUAAUAACUUUGUCCUAAUUAAUAACUGCUUAUUUAAACUCAAUAAGUUUUUUUUUACCACUAUUUUACUUCACUAUACAGAUAAAUAAUAUAAAAAUCGAUAUAACAAUUAAAUUUCAUAAAGCGCUCGGUAACUAAUUGAAUUAAUUACUCGAUUACUUUUACUCCCGCUUUUCGUUCAAAUACGCAAAUGUAUUAUACAGGGUGUUAAUUAAUUAAGAGUGCCGAUACUUCAGGAUGUGAAUAUUUGGAUUACUUUAAGAAGAAAAGUUUAUAUGAUGGAAUUUGUUCUAAAAUAAAUGAGGGUUUUUAAAAAUAAUUUUAGUUUUUUAGAAAAAACAGUGGCGUGCCAUUUUUUUCUUCAAACAUAUUCAGUUCAAACCC